AGUAAUUUGAUCUAUAAUUGACCAUUUUCAUGUAUAAAAUGUUCUCGUUUUAGAGAUACCUGUUUCUUUUAUAUAUCAAAUCCACCAGUAAAUGAGUGUGUUUCAAAUUUAUUUUUUAAAUAUACUAAAACAUAUUUGAAUAUUUCAUAGCAUCUUAAAUAUGUGGUAUGCUUAAGGCUAAAAAGAAUGAGAGAAAUAAAGGAAGUGAACAAAGGAAAGAAAGAAACUAAUAUUAUGAAAUUAUUAUUAUAUAACUAAUAAUAUAAUAAUAAUAAUAACUAAUUAUAUCCUUAUAUCAAUCAGGGAGUAAUUAUAUAUAUUUUAUAGAAUUUUACUAACCUUUCGCAGAUUGAGUUUGUUUCAGGAUCUUUUGUGGUCAUCUCUCAUCAUACUCCAUUACAAUACCCCUUCCCUUUCCCUUUAUUACAUUUAGAUUAUUACUUACAUAGAGAGUAAGCAAAUAUUUAGAUUUUUAUGUAAAUGUGAUUUAUGGUUAGGUAGAUUGAAGUUGAGGUUGUAAUCUAAGUAAAUGGGUUAAGAUGCAGGUAGUAAAUAGGUAGAAGUAUAGGUAGUAAGAAGUAUGGUAUGGUAGUGUAAAAGCAUGGCAUUGUAGAAUGUACAUAUUAUGUAUUAGUUAAUUAUAUAUGGCGCAUAUUUCAUCUUAUUCUCUUGUUCUUUUCGUUUAACUCUUAAGAUUUAAUUUAAUUUUUAGAUUUCACGUUUUCAUGAAUCCUAGUCAGGUUUCUAGUUCUUGCGUCGGUUUUUCUUCUUAAAGCUCCUUUUGCUGUUUGUUUUGAGCAUUAUGCAAACACACACCAAAAGGAGCAUUUAUUUGAUGAUGGAUUAUUAAAAUUUUGUUUUGCAAAAGGAGGGUGGAUGGGUCGCGGAUAGGGUGGGUCUCCAUUCGCAGCACCUCCUCGUGGUAAGACCUGGAAAUCAUUAUUAUUUGAUAUAUAAUUACUAAUUGUAUCACUAUACAGUGAAACAAUUAGCUGUAUAACUGGUAUAAUUAUUAAUUAUAUGGCAAGUAAUACGAGCUAAUUGGCUCCGACUCUGACUAGGUGUCAUAUCAAUGCAUCUAUGGUAUAUUACAUUAGUGAAAUAUAAUUCAGAUAUAAUUGGGAAGUGUAAUUAAUAAUAAGUACUUUUGGUAUUGAGUAAAGUAUAAAUAAGACUGGAGUAUUCUAGAAUUAAAUAACUUCAUCCAAACCAUCGUAGGUGUAGAUAUCAAUUGAGGAUUAAAAUCUUAAACCUAAGGAAGAUUUAUCAGUGAUCUGAGCAACUUUUAAGAACGAUUCUGGUGAUUAGAUUUUUAAAGAGAACUUCUAAAGAGAAGCAUGUUUACACAGAAUUUUAAAACGUGAUUUUAAAAUAUGAUUUCAAAAUAAAAUAAGCAAAUUUUGUUGCUGAAUGAUUCGUUAUAAAAUUAGAAAAAAAUUAGUCUAGGUUGCUUCAUUUUUCUGUUGAAUUGAAUUCAGAUAUAGAGGCACCAACAUGUUUUUCAAAUGUAUCUACUUGACAAAUUCUUUUAAAAAUACUAGAUCUUCUAAAAUUGUUCGUUACAGUUCGUUACAGUAUAAUUAUAGUAAUAAAAUAAAAUUUCAAGUUCUUCUUAGAAUCAAUCAAUGUGUAGUUAGGGAUUGUAACAAUUCAAAUGAAUCGCGAAAAAACUACGAUAAAAUUCAUUAACUCCAAACAUAUUCUAUACAUAUUUAUUUAUUAUACCCCUUUACAAUUAAAAAUACUCGAAGAAAAAUGCUUCUACGAUUUUCCAUUAGAUCAUAGCGAUAAAACAGAAAUAGAGUAAGAGUUAUAAAAUAGCACCCAUUACACAAUUUCAAAUUCUUCUACACUCGCUUUGUUGUUGUUUGGCAAACCCCAAAUUUUAUAGUGAUAGUUUUUCACCAGUGAAAGAAUAUCAUCCUGAAAAAAGACAAAAAAGAACCGGAAGAGAAAAGUGAACGAUUCAAGUGAAUCGCGAAAAAUUUUAACAAUAUACAGAAUGUGUAUAUCUAUUUUAUAAUUAGUUAGAACUAAAAUUUUCCUUAACAUACAUAUGCUUCACUCUUAAAAACGUGAAGUUUCUAUCUUAAAAAAAAAAAAAAAAAAGACAGAUAUUUACGUCCGACAUAACGUUUUUGCAGCUGUUUUAACAGUUGAUUAACGAACACGAGAUUAAGAAUAUUUAUAUUACACAUUUGCGCGUAUAUUCACAUUCAGCUGAAAAAUCGUGAGAAAUGCUAUAAAAGACGGAUAUUCGUAUUACUUGUGUAUAACAUUAAAAUGAGCACAAUAAAGUUAUCAGUGAUAUUUCUCCUCCUCGAAUUUACAAAUCUCUCGUUACAACAUGAACAAAUUCCAAAAGCCAAAACAGUUUUAGGAAGCGUUAGUGGUUAUUAUAAAAAGUCUCGAUCUGGGAAAACCUACGAGGCUUACGAAGGUAUCCCCUAUGCAGAAAUUCCUGUUGGAGAACUUCGGUUCGAACCACCCAAACCAGUGCAGAAAUGGGAACAUGAAUUACCUGCAAAGAAAAAGGGUUCCAUUUGUAUACAGCAUCGUACUAAGCCUGGUGCAGACGGAGAUACAGUUUCAGGCUGUGAAGAUUGCUUGUACAUGAACAUUUAUGUAUCAGUUAGAAAUAAUAGUAAGACUUUAUUACCAGUAAUGUUUUGGAUUCAUGGAGGAGCCUACCAAUUUGGUACUGGAAAUGAUCUAAACGAGAGUCAUUUAAUGGAUAAGAGUAUUGUAUUGGUUACGUUUAAUUUUCGUGUAGGACCUUUCGGUUUCCUUAGUACGGGAGAUAAUGUAGUAUCUGGAAAUAUGGGAUUAAAGGAUCAAAGCAUGGCACUGCGCUGGGUAUCCGACAAUAUUGAGAACUUUGGAGGUAAUCCGAAAGAUGUAACUUUAAUCGGUUUCAGUUCGGGAGGCAUGAGCGUUCAUUAUCACUGUCUGUCACCUUUGAGUGCUGGUCUAUUCCAAAGAGGUAUAUCUAUAAGUGGUACAGCACUUAAUCCUAGGGCACAAACAAAACGAGCUCCAGAGAAAGCUAAAAAAUUGGCAGCGGCAGUGGGAUGCCCAACAGAUAGUAGCAGUAAAAUGAUUGCUUGUUUAAAAAAGCGUCCAUCACGACUCAUAUCACAAAACGUCGACAAGCUUCUGGUUUGGUUGAACAAUCCUGCUAGUCCUUUCGGACCAGUUGUGGAGAAGCAAGGAUCGAGUCCUUUCAUUAGUCGUUCUCCAAUUGAAAUUAUCACUUCAGGUGAGGUUCAAGAUGUUCCCUGGAUUACUGGAGUCGUUGGCGAAGAUGGAAUAUUUCAAGCUGCAGAUUUUGUUGAAGACGAUGAAUUAUUGAAAGAACUAAAUGAUAAUUGGGACGAUAUCGCGCCAUACCUGCUUAAUUAUAACGAUACUGUUCCGCUUUGCGAGCAUAAACAACUGGCGGAAAAAAUCAGAAAGUAUUAUUUGGGAUCAAAAAAAAUUGAUCGUAAUACAGUGACGCCACUGAUACAAAUGCUCAGCGACCGAUCAUAUGGUGUUGGCAUGGCGACAGCUGUUAAGUUACACGCCAAAGUUAACAAAAAUCCAGUGUGGAGUUAUUACUAUACAUACAAAAUUAAAGAAGACCUUAGCUUCACGAAUAAACUCGGGGUAGGCCAUGGAGAUGAUAUUCAUCUUGUGAUUAAUAAAGACGCUUCGAAUAUAACAAAUUCAGAAGACCUAGCAAUGCAGCAACUUUUACUUGAUUUUUACACUUCUUUUGCUAUUGAAGGAAAACCACGUGUCGGUGAUGUUAAAUGGCACUCAUUAAAAUCUGGCGAGGAUAAUCUUCAUUACUUACAUAUAGCUGAUGCAAAAAAUGUGAAAAUGGAAUCUAAUGGAAAUUUUGCGCAAAAGAGCUUUUGGGAUACAAUAAAUGCUCAGGAAAAUAACAGUUUUAAAAUGGACACGAUGAAACUACCGACCGUUUCACUUUUCUUAGCGUUUGUGAAUUUUUCACAUCAAGAUGACCAGACUCCAAUAGUCAAUACGUCUCUGGGGAAAAUUCGAGGUUGCUAUAAGGAAUCUCGCCAUGGCAGGAAAUAUGAAGCUUACGAAGGCGUCCCCUAUGCGCAACCUCCAGUUAAAAAGUUUAGGUUCCAGCCACCUCAACCUGUAAAACCGUGGGAAGGCGAACUACCCGCUAUAAAGAAAAGUUCAGUUUGCACACAGUACAUCAUGGCUUUUGAAUCACACGAUGACAAAGUUAAGGGUUGCGAGGAUUGUUUGUAUAUUAACAUUUACGCGUCUAUUAGGAAUGGCAGCCGUACUUUGUUACCGGUAAUGUUUUGGAUUCAUGGAGGCGCCUUCCAGUUUGGUAGUGGAAACGAAGCAGACGAAACACUCUUAAUGGACCGUGAUAUUGUGUUUGUCGCGGUUAAUUACCGUUUAGGACCAUUCGGUUUCCUUAGUACAGGAGACAGUGUAGUACCUGGAAAUAUGGGACUAAAAGAUCAGAGCCAGGCUUUGCGUUGGGUGCAUGAUCAUAUCAGUAAUUUUGGUGGCGAUCCUCAGAAGAUAACUAUCUUUGGCAUGAGUGCGGGUAGUGCCAGCGUUCAUUAUCAUUAUUUGUCACGCUUAAGUGCUGGUCUUUUCCAAAAUGGAAUAUCGAUAAGUGGAGUGGCACUCAGUCCUUGGCCACAAACGAAACAUGCCCCGAAGAAGGCUAGAAGAUUGGCAGCUCUUGUAGGAUGUUCGUCAAACAAAGUGAAGAAAAUGAUCAAUUGUUUACAAAGCCGUCCUGCGCGAAUUAUAUCGCAGGCUGUUGGCGACUUUAUGUAUUGGCUGUAUAAUCCCUUCACGCCUUUCGGGCCAGUUGUUGACAAAUAUGGACUCAAUCCUUUUAUCACUCGUUCGCCAAUCGAUAUUAUCGUUAGUGGCGAAGUAUACGAUGUUCCCUGGAUAUCUGGAGUAGUUAGCGCAGAAGGAUUAUACACUACUGCAGAAUUUAUUACUAAGGACAAUCUGCUGAAGCAAUUAAAUGAUUAUUGGGAUGAUAUUGCACCAUAUUUACUUGAUUUCUAUGACACUGUACCUAUUGAUCAGCAAAAACAAGUAGCAGAAAGAAUUAAAAGUUAUUAUCUGGGGUCAAGAGCAAUUAACAAAAACACAAUUUGGGAAAUAAUAAGAAUGAUGGGUGAUCGAUUGUUCGACGUUGAUUUUGAGAAAGCUGUCAGGUUGCAAGCAAAUAUUAACAAAAGCCCAGUGUGGACCUACUAUUACAGCUACAGAGCAACACACAGUGUUAGUGAAAUCUUGAGUGAAGGUUCGACAGCAAAUUUCGGAGUAAGCCAUGGCGAUGACAUAUUUCUUGUACUUGAGUCUUUUAUCUCAAAUGUUACUAAACCAGAAGAUUUAAAUAUGCAGCAACUAUUAGUCAACUUCUAUACAUCCUUUGCUGCACAAGGAAUGCCACGCGUCGAUCAUGUUGCAUGGCCACCAUUAAACCCUAAUAAUACUAAUUUUCGUUACCUACAUAUAGCUAGCCCAAGAAACAUAAAGAUGGAAAGUAGUACGGAUUUUGCGCGUAAAAGCUUCUGGAAUUCGAUUCAUUUUAACGAAAACAAAAUAGAUUCAUGAACGUAAUCAAGAGAGAAUGGAUGGAUUAAUCUGAAACUGUUUUCUUCUAAUUAUAUCAUUAAUAUUUAACGAAAUUAUUAACAAUCUACUAAAUGUCUGUAUAUUAAAAUUCAAGUUUUAAGCUCUCAUUAUCUAUUAAUGUAUAUAAAUAUCAUCAUAUUUCACUCAGAAAAAGAAAUUCAAAAUAUUGAAAAUUAUUUAUAAUUAUUGAGCUAUAACAUAAAUAAGUUUGGCCAAAUAAAGAUAAAUAUUGAAUUUAACUGAA